AUGUCCAACAUUCUCGACUACCAUGUCGUGGUUGACAUUAUGUUCUUGGUGGUUGUCAUUCUCAUUUGCAUUCUCUUCAUGAUGGUGGUCUUCAUGGAUAUCAUUCUCGAUCUCCUAAAUUGCAUCCUCUUCAUGAUGGUAGCUAUCAUUCUCAUAUGCAUUCUCUUCAUGAUAGUGGUUUUCAUGGAUGUCAUUCUCGACCGUCUAAUAUGCAUCCUCUUCAUGAUGGUGGUUGUCAUUCUCAUAUGCAUUCUCUUCAUGAUGGUGGUCUUCAUAGAUGUCAUUCUCGACCGCCUGAUCUGCAUCCUCUUCAUGAUGGCGGUCUACAUCAAUAUUCGGAAGCACCAGUUGUGUCUCCUAAACUUGCUCUAUAGGCUUAACUUCUUGGUUCCAUGCAUCAGGGUUCGGAUUGUCUUGGUUCAACCGCCUUGUGUUCUAAUCCUCCUCUAUACUCUCAUCACCAGGGUUCAAAAUCCCUUUAUGGUCCUCUGCUUGACGAGUGUUGGAGGAGCUAGCUUGCCCCCGGACCUCGCUUCCGACGCCCACCUCCAUUAUGUCACAGACCAUCCCUCGGUCGCGGAGCUCGCCUAUGUCACAGAUGGGAGCCAUCAGGAUCACCAUCUGUCCCGCCAUGCCCACCACCAUUAA